AUGCACGUUCCGAUAGACAACAUCGAGCCAGUCUCGGGCUUCCUCACGGGUCACAACCCGCGCCGUACCAAGAGCAUUCUCUAUGGCGCUGCUCUCGCUGCAUUGGUGUGGGCGGUCACUCCUAUCAGCUAUGCUAUCUUCAUCCGGCGAAUGCUCAAGACGGGCUCGUUCAUCUCGAUCCCGCGGGGGUUCUGGGCCAAGUUCUGGUACUGGUACUCGUUGUUCGAGAUUCCCUUCAGCAUCUAUCUCUGGAUCCUCACACGAAGAGCCGCCAAGCAGCCACCUCCGCUCAGCGUCGAGAUGCAAACCCUCCACACCCUCCUGACCAAGUCGCUUACUGCCGGUCUGGCUCCUGCUCCACAGGGUCCAGCUGCGGGCACUCGCAGUCGUAGCAACGGCCAAGACGGCCACAUUUCUGAUAAGAAGGUCGAGCAACUGCUCGGCAUCAAAGCUUUCGAGAGCAGGCCAGUGGACCAAGACGAUGCAAAGCAGCGGCGCGAACGCUUCCGCUCAUGGUUCUUAUUUGCAGAGCCCGAGGACAUCUACGAGGACAACGUUCGCGAGUGGCUCGCAUGGGCCUUUGCCGCUCGCAAUCUCCAAGACGCCCUCGCCGACGAAAAGUACGCGAGCCUCCUCAAUGACGGCCUGGAGAUGGUCAAGCUGCGCCUUGGCUGGCCCGACAUGAAGAAAGGAUACAAUCCCAAGGUCAAGGCGAUCCGCUUGACGCUCGAUCCGGUGCGGACUUUGCACCGUCCGUUUGGGUAUUACGUUGUGACAAACGGAGUCAGCUUCGGAACCAUCGCCUGGUUGCUCUUGACCAAAGGCUUCAAGUGGGAGACUGAUGGCAAGUGUACUUUCCUCGUCAAGCCUGCAGCGAAGAGAGGGCGAGAUGAGAAGCCAUCGCAGCCGAUCGUCUUUCUCCAUGGUCUCGGCAUCGGACUCGGCCAGUACACUUCGAUGCUCUCCUACCUUGCCAAGCACAAGGACGGUGUAGUCAUUCUUAUUCAGCCUCACAUUUCGACCAACAUCUUUUCCAAAUACUUCCUCGAACCGCCUUCGAAGGAUGAACAAGCCCAAGCCACCAUCUCGACGCUGCGCAGGCACAACUUCAACAACGUCACAACGCUCAGCCAUUCCAACGGCACCAUGGUGCUCGGAUGGCUACUGCGCACGGCACCGACCAUGUUCAAUCGCAACAUCCUCGUCGAUCCUGUCUCGUUCUGCAUGUGGGAAGGCAGUGUCUGCUAUUCCUUCAUCCACCGCCGUUGGGCAAGCGGGAUCGAAGCGCUGCUCGGCUACUUUGUCGGUAGAGAGCUGGGCGUCGCGCACACCAUCGCCCGACGUUUCCUGUGGUUCGACAUGAUCCUCUGGGCAGACGAGUUCCCUAGCUUGGACCCCGAGAAGCUGCAGUUCAUCUUCGCAGAGCGAGACGUGCUCGUCGACGUCCCAGGCAGCGUCAAGUACCUCACCGACGCGGGCGUCAGCAAGGAGUGCAUCACCGUGAUGCGGGGCUACAACCACGGCCAGGCGCUCAUUGUCGACAACAACGGCAUGAAGUUGGCUAUGAAACAGGUCCGUCUGCGUGUCUGA